CGCCCCCUCCCCCGUCUGGAAAGGUGCAGGAUCCGCUAAACCGUGCGUCGCACAGCGGCGGCCGGAGCAGACGCGGGAUGGUCGCGCGUCCCCUGCACAGCACAGAGGGGCAGCCAGAGAGCCUGCGAAAGAGGCUGCCUACCACAAGAACUUUAGCUUACUUUUUAAAGAUUGAAGAAAAAAAAAGAAGACAGAAAAAGAAGAACUCAAAGAUACACAAAGUAAUUUGACCAAGGCUCAGAAGUUUUUGGAGCCGUGAGGGAUACAGCAGUUUGGUCAAUAUUGUCUUAACAUGCUUCAAAUAAAUCAGAUGUUCUCAGUGCAGCUGAGUCUUGGUGAGCAGACAUGGGAAUCCGAAGGCAGCAGUAUAAAGAAGGCUCAACAGGCUGUUGCCAAUAAAGCUUUGACUGAAUCUACACUUCCCAAACCAGUUCAGAAGCCACCCAAAAGUAAUGUUAACAAUAACCCAGGCAGUAUAACUCCAACUGUGGAACUGAAUGGGCUUGCUAUGAAAAGGGGAGAGCCUGCCAUCUACAGGCCAUUAGAUCCAAAGCCAUUCCCAAAUUAUAGAGCUAAUUACAACUUUCGGGGCAUGUACAAUCAGAGGUAUCAUUGCCCAGUGCCUAAGAUCUUUUACGUUCAGCUCACUGUAGGAAAUAAUGAAUUUUUUGGGGAAGGAAAGACUCGACAAGCUGCUAGACACAAUGCUGCAAUGAAAGCCCUCCAAGCACUGCAGAAUGAACCUAUUCCAGAAAGAUCGCCUCAGAAUGGUGAAUCAGGAAAGGAUAUGGAUGAUGACAAAGAUGCAAAUAAGUCUGAGAUCAGCUUAGUGUUUGAAAUUGCUCUGAAGCGAAAUAUGCCUGUCAGUUUUGAGGUUAUUAAAGAAAGUGGACCACCACAUAUGAAAAGCUUUGUUACUCGAGUGUCAGUAGGAGAGUUCUCUGCAGAAGGAGAAGGAAAUAGCAAAAAACUCUCCAAGAAGCGUGCUGCGACCACCGUCUUACAGGAGCUUAAAAAACUUCCACCUCUUCCUGUGGUGGAAAAGCCAAAACUAUUUUUUAAAAAACGCCCUAAAACAGUAGUAAAGGCCGGACCAGAAUAUGGCCAAGGGAUGAACCCUAUUAGCCGCCUGGCGCAAAUUCAACAGGCCAAAAAGGAAAAGGAGCCGGAUUAUGUUUUGCUUUCAGAAAGAGGAAUGCCUCGACGUCGAGAAUUUGUGAUGCAGGUGAAGGUAGGCAAUGAAGUUGCUACAGGAACAGGACCUAAUAAAAAGAUAGCCAAAAAAAAUGCUGCAGAAGCAAUGCUAUUACAACUUGGUUACAAAGCAUCCACUAAUCUUCAGGAUCAACUUGAGAAGACAGGGGAAAACAAAGGAUGGAGUGGUCCAAAGCCUGGGUUUCCUGAACCAACAAAUAAUACUCCAAAAGGAAUUCUUCAUUUGUCUCCUGAUGUUUAUCAAGAGAUGGAAGCCAGCCGCCACAAAGUAAUCUCUGGCACUACUCUAGGCUAUUUGUCACCCAAAGAUAUGAACCAACCUUCAAGCUCUUUCUUCAGUAUAUCUCCCACAUCGAAUAGUUCAGCUACAAUUGCCAGGGAACUCCUUAUGAAUGGAACAUCUUCUACAGCUGAAGCCAUAGGUUUAAAAGGAAGUUCUCCUACUCCCCCUUGUUCUCCAGUACAACCUUCAAAACAACUGGAAUAUUUAGCAAGGAUUCAAGGCUUUCAGGUUCACUACUGUGAUAGACAAAGUGGCAAAGAGUGUGUGACCUGUCUGACAUUAGACCCUGUGCAGAUGACUUUCCAUGCUAUUGGAAGCUCCAUUGAAGCCAGCCAUGAUCAGAAAGUGCACUGUUUACCAGUUGAAGGUUUGUGACAACCCUGUGUGGAACAUCUAUCAGCACCAUUUUUCCAGCAACAUGUGCUCACUUCAUGUCUCUGUGUCACAUUUUGGUAAUUCUUGAAAUAUUUCAAACUUUUUUAUGAUUAUUGUAUCUGUUAUGGUAAUCUGUGAUCAGUGAUCUUUGAUGUUACUAUUGUAAUUGUUUUAGGGUGCCACAAAUCAUGCCCAUAUAAGAUGGUGAACUUCAUAAAUGUUUUGUGUGUUCUCACUGCUCCACUGACCACCCAUUCCCCCAUCUCUCUCCCUCUCCUCAGGCCUCCCUAUUCCCUGAGACACAACAAUAUUGAAAUGAGGGCAGUUAAUAACCCUACAACAGCCUAUAAGUGUUCAACUGAAAGAGUUUCAUAUUGCUUGCUUGAAAUCAAAGCUAGAAAUGAUUAAGCUUAGUGAGGAAGGCAUGUCAUAAGCUGAGAGGGGCCAAAAGCUAGGCCUCUUGCACCAAAGAGUUAGCCAAGUUGUGGGUACGGCAGAAAAGCUCUUGAAGGAAAUUAGAAGUGCUACUCCAGUGAAUACACAAAUGAUAAGAAAGCAAAACAGCCUUAUGGCUGAUAUGGAGAAUUCAAGUGGUCUGGACAGAAGAUCAAACCAGCCACAGCAUUCUCUUAAGCCAAAGCCUAAUCCAGAGCAAGGCCCUAACUCUCCUCAAUUCCAUGAAGACUGAGGGAGGUGAGAAAGCUGCAGAAGAGAAGAAAGAAGCUAGCAGCAGUUGGUUCAUGAGGUUUAAGAAAAGAAGCCAUCUCCAUAACAUAAAAGUGUAAGGUGAAGCAGCAAAUGCUGAUGUAGAAGCUGCAGCAAGUUAUCCAGAAGAUCUGGCUAAGAUCAUUGAAGAAGGUAGUUACACUAAACAGGUUUUCAGUGGAGGCAAAACAGCCUUCUAUUGGAAGAAGAUACCAUCUGGGAUUUUCAUAGCUAGAAAGGAGAAGUCAAUGCUUGAAUUCAAAGCUUCAAAGGACAGGCUGACUUUCUCGUUAGGGGUGAAUGCACCUGAUGACUUCAAGUUGAAACCACUGCUCAUUUCCCAUCCUGAAAAUCCUAGGGCCUUUAAGAAUUAGGCUAAAUCUGCUCUGCCUGUGCUCUAGAAAUGGAACAGCAAAGCCUGAAUGACAGCUCAUCUGUUUACAGCAUGGUUUGCUGGGUAUUUUAAGCCCACUGUUGAGACCAUAUGCCCAGAAAAAAGGGCUUCUUUCAAAACAUGUCUGCUCAUUGACAGUGUACCUGGUCAUGCAAGAGCCAUGAUGGAGAUGUACAAGGAGAUGAAUGUUGUUUUCAUGCCUGCUACUACAGCAUUCAUUCUGCAGCCCAUGGGUAAAGGAGUAAUUUUGACUUUCAAGUCUUAUUAUUUCUGAAAUGCAUUUUGUAACACUAUGGCUUCCAUAGAUAGUGAUUCCUCUGAUGGAUCUACACAAAGUAAAUUGGAAGCCUUCUGGAAAGGAUGCACCAUUCUGUAUGCCAUUAAGAUACAUUUGUGAUUCAUGGGAGGAGGUCAACAUAUCAACAUUAGCAGGGAUUUGGAAGAAGUUGAUUCCAACCCUCAUGGGUGAAUUUGAGGGGGUUUAAGGCUUCAGUGAGGGAAGUAACUACUGAUGUGGUAGAAAUAGUAAGAGAAGUAGAAUUAAAAAUGGAACCUGAAGAUAGCGCUGAGUUGCUGCAGUCUCAUGAAACUUGAACUUCUUAUGGAUAAGCAAAGCAGCUAGUUUCUUCAUACGGAAUCUACUCCUGGUGAAGAUACUGUGUGUGUUGAAAUGACAAAAAGGAUUUAGAAUGGUACACAAACUUAGUUUAUAAAACAGCAGCAGGGUUUGAGAGGAUAGACUCUGAUUUUUAAAGACAUUUCUACUGUGGGUAAAAUAUUAUCAAACAGCAUUGCAUACUACAGAGAAAUUUUCUGUGAAAGGAAGAGUUAGUCCAUGCAGCAAAUUUUAUGGUUGUCUUAUUUUAAUAACUUAACCAUAGCCACCCCAGUCUUCAGCAACCACCACCCUGAUCAGUCAGCAGCCAUCCACACUGAUGCAAGACCCUCCACCAGCAAUUACAACUCUGAAGACUCAGAUGAUUGUUAGCAUUUUUUUCCAAUAAACUGUUUUUAAAAUUAAAGUAUGUUCUUUUUUUAGAUAUAAUGCUAUUGCACACUUAAUAGAGUGGAGUGUAGGUAAACAUAACUUUAAUAUGGACUGGGAGACAAAAAAAGUUGUGUGAUUUGCUUUUUGCAAUAUUCACUCUAUUGCAGUGGUCUGGAACCUCACCUGUAAUGUCUCUGAGGCAAGCCUGUAUCUUCAGAAACAGAAAGCAGAUCAGUGGCUGCCUUGGACUAGGAAUUAGGAGCAAUGGCUCACUGCAUACGUGCACAGGGGAACUUCUGUGGUGAUAAAAAUGUUCUCAGACUAGAUUAUGGUGACAUUUGCACAAGUUUCUAAAUUUACUAAAACUACUCACAAUGGAACAUGUGUUAGCCCAUUUGUGUAUUGCUAUAAAGAAAUACCUGAGGCUGAGAAAUUUAUAAAGAAAAUAGGGUUCAUUAGCUCAUAGUUCUGCAGGCUAUACAGCAAGGGUGGCACCAACAUCUGCUUGGCUUCUGAUGAGGCCUUAGAAAGGUUACAAUUCUGGUAGACGGCUAAGUGGGAGCAGGUGUGUCACAUGGCGGGCAUGGGAACGAGAGAGAGGGAGGAGGUGCCAGAUACUUUUAAACAACCAGAUCUCAUGUGAUGAGUGAGAACUCACUUAUCACCAGGGGGAUGGUGCUACACCGUUCAUGAGGUAUCUGCUCCCACGAUCUAGUUAUCUCCUGCCAGGCCUCAUUUCCAACGCUGGGGAUUACAUUUCAACAUGAGAUUUGGAGGGGACAAACAUCCACACCAUAUCAGAAGAACUUUAUGGUAUGUCAGUUACACCUUAAUAAAGCAGUUAAGAAGUAGCUUUCUAAGCUUCUAUUAUAAGGUCAUUCAUGAUCAUGGAAAUUUUCAUAAGCAAUAAUUUAUUUAGGUCAGAAACUUCAAGAAAUUCAGCAGACUGACUCUCCAUGGGAACUAGGGGCUUUUAUAAUUUGAAGAAAGAGUGGAAAAACAUGUCACCAUGCAUUUUUAGGCCCAAAUCUUCCAUGUCUCAGGGGGUCCUCUUGGACUCAAGCCUCAGGAUUUGAGCUGUGGUACUCUGUCCAACCUCUCUUACUUCUUAUUUCCGUUUUUUUUAGCUUUAACUUUGUGACCUGCCUCAAAUUUCUCAUGUUCCUGACCUCAAUUCCUGUUCACUAUUAUUGCUCCACCCUCUCUUGAUCAUUAUGUUUCCUCCUGCCCGACCCAGUAAACUGAUCCUGACUUCUGAUUGUUCCUUUUGCUUAACUGUUUUAUUAACUUUUACUUGCUUAAAAAAAUCUCUUCUGCCAUUUUUAGCCCUGGGCUGCACUCUAGCUCUGAUUAAGCCUGCCACACUGGCUCAAAAGAAAAGCCCAUUCUUUGAUCCUUUUGGAGGACGAUGACUUAGGUUUUUGCCAUAUUAAAUGUCUUCCAGAGAUGAUUUGGUAGAUAACUGAAGAUUGAAGAUUAUAGCCACAGUGAGAAAUUAGGGAUAAAGAUAUAGAUUUGGUCCCCACCUAAGUAGAAAGAACAACGAUGAGCCAAAAGAUAGAUCUUGUGAGAUACUACAAAGUCAAGGGAUAGAAAAUAACUGGAAACCAGGAAAAGGCCUUUUUUUUUUUUCUGAAUAGUUACAAAUUAUGGACGUAUACAAAAAAGUUUUAUUUUUACCUUGAAUUCUCUAAGUUAAUCAUUGUAGUGAAUACUAACUGCUUGAAAGAAAACCAAUAGCCAUAGAAUAAACCAAUUUGGAGAAAUUAUUUAAGGUUAUUUUAAAAAUCUAUAUAAAAUCCUCACUAGGAAAAACAAGUUUUUUUGUUUUUUGUUUUUUUUCUCAAAUAAGCUGAUCAUUAGGUCUUAAAGGAGACAACCUUAUUUAUACAAAACAUAAAACCUGACUCUGAAACUGCCUCCCCCACUAGGUGGCAAAAGUAAGCUGCCAGAGAGAGACCUAACAGCUAGGCUCCCACACCCUGUGUUGUCUCUGCUUCCUAAGUGGUGCGUCCCCAAAACUGUCAUUUUGAAAAAUUCAAACACUCUAUACAUUUGAAAUGUAUAGUCUAUGUAAUCCCUAAAGUCUGUAAAAUAAA